CUGCCGCUGCCGCCUGGUUUUGUGUAGAGGAGCAGAGGGAGUCACGCCAUCGACUCAGAACAUGCCUUAAUUAGACAAAAAGUUGGAGUAAACAGGAGGAGACCGCUUCAUAACCUCUCCAGAAGUCCAGCGGAGGCUGUGUUUUUGAAGACGUUGACCCAAGCUGGAGGAGGUUUGUCCGUGGCGGGAUGCAGCCCACCCAGGCACAUGUCUCCCUCUUCUCGGCGCUGCUGCUUCUCUUGUCUGGUCUCUACUUUUGUUCUGCUUGUAAUAAAGCCUUAUGUGCCAGUGAUGUUAGCAAGUGUCUGAUCCAGGAGCUGUGCCAGUGCAGGCCGUCGGAUGGAAACUGUUCGUGCUGUAAGGAGUGUAUGCUGUGCCUGGGUACACUGUGGGAGGAGUGCUGUGACUGUGUGGGCAUGUGCAACCCGAAGAACUACAGCGACACACCUGCCACCUCCAAGAGCACCGUGGAGGAGCUUUACAGACCCAUCCCGUCGCUCUUCAGAGCGUUGACUGAGGGAGAAGCUCCCAUUAACAUGAUGGUGGUGUCUUUUCCUGUGGCCGAGGAGCUCUCCUACCACGAGAAUCUGGUCUCCUUCCUAGAGACCAUGGAAGACCAGCACCAGAACAUCUCACUUCCUGGCAACAGCAUCCACGCCAGUUAUGAUAACAACCAAGACAAUAUGUGCACUGUGGUGUAUUUUGAUGACUGCGUGUCGAUUCGUCAGUGUAAGCAGUACUGCGAAUCGAUGGGAGGCUCAAAAUACCGCUGGUUUCAUAAUGCGUGCUGCGAGUGCAUCGGGCCCGAGUGUGUGGACUACGGCAGCAAAGCAGUAAAGUGUAUGAACUGCCUCUUCUGAACCUGGGCUGGUCAUGAAUAAGCCUGAGGCCACUGGAGGGCGCCAUGACAGGACCACAGGUUCAGGAGAUGCUGACCUGGGGGAAAGGUGAUUCUUCGAUCAUGUAAAAUACAAGCCCUUGUUUUAUUUUUGCUCUUUGUGUUAAACUUUAACACUUCUUUUCAUAGUUCCCUAGAAAAGAGUAUAUGAUGUAUAGAUUUAGACUUUUUAUAUGUUAUUCUUGAAUGUACAUCCAUGCAUAGCCAGCUGCGCUCCCAGUGGUACCGCCUGCUAUGCCAUAUAAAUGCUUUUAAAAAUGAGGGUUUUGUAUGAGCUGCCAUACAAAACACUUGUUCCAGUACUGGAGAUAUAAAUUGUUGACAAUCAUUAAGGACAAUGUCUGAACUAGAACUUUUUAUAAGACGUUUCAGCCGACAAAUGUAGGUGUGAUUUUGCAUGUCGUCAUAUGACUGUAACAGCCAGUGUAUUUUUGUGAAAAGGUCUGUCAUAAAAAUUCUUCUCCACGCAGGUCUAGAAGUUGUGUGACUCUUCUCAGGGUGUGCAUGUGGAACUGAUGCUUUCACCAUGCUUACCCUGAGGCACUUCAUGCAUAUGGACCAAGGCUGCAAUUGCCAGAAACCUGCAUGUUUUUCUCUGUCUUUCAAUAAUGCUUAUUAAAAGACAAGAAACA